CGCCAUUUAACUAGCGUCGCGUCCUUCCAAUUCCUCCUCUCUGUUGCAAACCUCUCCUCACUCACUCCGUCCGACGCCCUUCGUCACCAGCCUCCUUCCUCGCGCCGACCGCCGGGAUCCGGCGCCCCCGUCUACGCCCGCCUCGGUCUAGGUACGGGCCCUGCUUCUGAUUCGGGCGCCUCCGGUAUGCCUGCCAUGCUUGCGACGAAAUCGGCGGCUCGGUUCGGCACUGGGUCCUGCUGGACUAGGUCACUAGGGCUCUUCCUUUGGGAUCCUGGCCGUGUGGGUGGGGGCAGGAACAGGCUUGCCUUCGAUGAAAUUCGGGUGCUCCCGUGGUGAUUUGGGCGCUCGCUGUUUCGUUGCUUGCCUGUGUGGUGGUGUCGCAGGCUUGGGUGCCUGGCUGCGCCUUAGCCCAAACGUGAGUUUUCCCGGGAUUUUCCUGGUGGAAUUGGGAACGGACGGACGGCCUAGGGAUCUCGCAUGGGCGCGACAGGAUUGGUCCUUCCCGCGCGAAUUUUGCCGCUCCAGUCGAAGUUUAGGCGCUUCUGGUUAUGAAUUAUCUUGUGUGAGGCUUUGUCCUAGUUGAAGAUAGCCAGAGCAUUUCUGAUCUUUCAGAGCAUUGACUUGUUGGCCUCUUUAUUCUCCAUACAAUUUAUCGUUUGCGUGUAGACUAGGACGUACGCGUGCCUCGGGAAGAAAUGAGGAUCCAUUUCGUGAAUUCGUUGCUGGGUCAGUUGCUAAUCUCACACUAACUGCACAUAUGAUUCCUUGCUUGAGGUCCAGGCAAAGAGCUAACGCUUAGUUCUUAGUGCAUUGUUGAGUGAGUGGAUAAGGUGAUUUUAAUUAGGAAAAAAGGUGUAUUCUUUCGCAGCAAGAUUGGCUUUUGAUUUUGGACCAAAUUGUGGCAAAGGGAAUCCUUUGCCAACGCCCAUCCAUGUGCUAGUGCUAGUGCUAGUGCUAGCGAUCUGCACUGAACAAGGGGUUGCUUCGAGUUCUUUGCUUGCACUCGUAACUUAGCAUUUCCCAAAAGGGCGGAAUCAUUGGCUCAAGUGCAGAAUCAUUUGAUUCGUUCAAUUUAAAAGCCAUCUGCUGUUGUUUUCCCUUCUAAUCUGACAGAUCUGAGAUGAGGCAUGAGGUGCUCCAUGUGAGAGCUACCCCUAUACCUACUUUUCUGGCUCUUGCUUGACUUUAUUUAUUAUUUAAUUGGGAAUGUAGAUCACAUCUAACAUGCUCCAUUGAUAUGAUUAUUUAAUGCCUUUGGUUGAUCCACCUGUCUGUUUCAUUUUCUGCCUGCCCGGCCAGUUUUGAUCCUAUAAAGUCUCCCGCCUUGCUUUUAUCCUCCACUCUGAACUGAAGUUCCGUAAGCUUCUCCAAGAAGAGGGAAAGGUCUUGUAGGGAGCAAAGUUUUGUUUUUUCUGAUCUCUGAGAAAAUGGCGAGAAGUGCGAGAGCUAGGAGGCAUGUGGCUCAUCGGAUCAAGUCCACCCAUCCCAUUCCUUCAUACCGAUGGAAGGCAAAGGCAAUGAAAAAAUCCAACCGAAAGCAAGUGUUGCCAGCCUUGCAAAAGAUGGACUGGGAAGAUGCCAAUUGCUCUGUGUGCAUGGAAUACCCACAUAAUGCUGUGCUCAUCCUCUGUUCAUCCCACGAUAAGGGCUGCCGUCCUUACAUGUGUGGAACUAGCUACCGCCACUCGAAUUGCUUGGAUCAGUUCAAGAAAGCAUACACCAAGGGGGCAUUGCUUGAGGAAGUUCCUGCAAAUAGCGUUGGCACUGAUCUGGAUUCAGCGCCAUUGGAUGCAGAAAAAAUCGAGUCCAUUGACCUUGCAUGUCCAUUGUGUCGUGGCAAGGUGAAAGGGUGGACAGUGGUAGAACCAGCUCGAAGCUACCUCAAUGGAAAAAAGAGAACAUGCAUGCAAGACGGUUGCUCAUUCGUGGGGACCUACAAGGAGCUCCGCAAGCAUGUCAAGUUGGAACACCCUCUUGCAAAGCCAAGGGAAGUUGAUCCUGUCCUUGAGCAAAAAUGGAGAUUGCUCGAGAUUGAAAGAGAGCGACAAGAUGCACUCAGUACGAUCACUGCAACAAUGGGCAGAGCUGUUGUUCUUGGUGAUUAUGUGCUAGACUUGGAGGAUGGAGUGGAUUUGGAGGAUGUUGACAGCGAUGUUGAUGUUGAUGAUGACCGUGGGACAGAUAACACUCGAAGGAUGCUACUUUUUAUUAUGCGGCAAGUUGCUCAACAUCAUCAACACCAAAGGCUUCAUAAUGUGACCGGUGCAUCUGAGAAUGUCGAGGACAACUAUGUGGUGAACAAUGGUGCCAAUGGAACCACUCCAUACUCCUAUCCCUUGGAAGGGGAGGACGAGAAUGAUAUGGUUUUGGCCGGAGGUAGAAGCACCGAUGUGCUCAGACCAGAGAGGAGGCGCCGUCGACGCCGCAGGAACCGUGGAAGGUUGUUUUUAGGUGCUAAUUGAGAGGACAGGUGGUCUGGUGGGGUUUAACCACCUGAGGAGUACAUACACAAAUGCUUCCCUGGUGCCUGACAUUCAUCAAUUUCGGCCUCAAUUUACUUGUUCAUGAUCACGUACCAAGUAGUUAUGUUAACAUCAGCUCAUUGCUUGCCAUCAAUGUAUGUUCUCUCACAUUUCUUUGCUGAAAAGGAAAAUGCCGCAUCCAUAUCUUGCGGUUUGUGUAGAGCUUCUAUUUCUGUCAAUUGCUCUAGUUACAA